UUGCAGGCUGCACCAGUUAACAUUAUUGUGGGCUCUCAUGUAUGGGUUGAAGAUCCGGUGGAGGCAUGGAUUGAUGGAGAGGUUUUUAAAAUCAAUGGUGAAGAAGUUCAUGUUCAAGCAACAAAUGGAAAAACAGUUGUCGCAGAUAUCUCAAAAGUAUUUCCAAAAGAUACUGAAGCAUCACCUGGAGGUGUAGAUGACAUGACAAAGCUAUCGUAUUUGCAUGAACCAGGGGUUCUGCAUAACUUGGCUACGAGAUAUGAACUUAACGAGAUCUAUACUUACACUGGCAAUAUCCUGAUUGCCAUAAACCCAUUUCAAAGAUUGCCACAUUUGUAUGAUACUCACAUGAUGGAACAAUAUAAAGGAGCCCAAUUCGGAGAGCUUAGUCCUCAUGUUUUUGCUGUAGCCGAUGUUGCAUAUAGGGCAAUGAUUAAUGAGGGAAGGAGCAACUCGAUUUUGGUUAGUGGAGAAAGUGGUGCCGGUAAGACCGAGACAACAAAGAUGCUCAUGAGAUAUCUUGCUUACCUGGGUGGCCGAUCUGGAGUAGAGGGACGAACAGUUGAACAACAAGUUCUGGAAUCAAAUCCAGUUCUUGAAGCUUUUGGCAAUGCCAAAACUGUUAGGAACAACAACUCAAGUCGAUUUGGUAAAUUUGUUGAGCUUCAAUUUGACAAAAAUGGGAGGAUAUCUGGGGCAGCUGUACGGACUUACUUACUUGAAAGGUCUCGUGUCUGCCGUUCAGAUCCUGAAAGAAACUAUCAUUGCUUUUACCUUCUCUGUGCAGCGCCACCUGAGGUUAGAGAAAAGUAUAAGUUGGAUCACCCUAAAACAUUCCAUUACUUGAAUCAAUCCAACUGUUACAAGCUGGAUGGAGUGGAUGAUACCGAGGAAUAUCUUGCAACUAGAAGGGCUAUGGAUGUAGUUGGAAUCAGUGAGGAAGAACAGGAGGGAAUUUUUAGGGUUGUAGCUGCAAUUCUGCAUCUUGGAAAUAUUGACUUUGCAAAGGGAGAGGAGGUUGACUCUUCUGUCAUCAAGGAUGAAAAAUCUAGGUUCCAUCUUAAUACGACAGCUGAACUGCUAAGGUGUGAUGCCAAGAGCUUGGAGGAUGCACUGAUAAAACGUGUAAUGGUAACACCGGAAGAGGUUAUCACAAGAACCCUUGAUCGUGGUUCUGCCGCGGGUAGCAGGGAUGCCUUAGCUAAAACCAUUUAUUCUCGCUUGUUUGAUUGGCUUGUAGAUAAGAUUAACUCUUCGAUUGGGCAAGAUCCAAACUCAAAAUCAUUAAUUGGAGUUCUUGAUAUUUACGGGUUUGAAAGUUUCAAGUUUAAUAGUUUUGAGCAGUUCUGUAUCAAUUUUACCAAUGAAAAACUACAGCAACAUUUCAAUCAGCACGUCUUUAAGAUGGAACAAGAAGAAUAUACAAAAGAAGAAAUCAAUUGGAGCUACAUAGAAUUUGUUGAUAACCAAGAUGUGUUGGAUCUGAUUGAGAAGAAACCUGGAGGGAUUAUAGCACUUCUAGAUGAAGCCUGUAUGUUUCCUAAAUCUACACAUGAAACAUUUGCUCAGAAGUUGUACCAGACAUUCAAAAACAACAAGCGGUUUAUUAAACCUAAGCUAUCUCGUACUAGUUUCACCAUAUCUCACUAUGCGGGGGAGGUUACUUAUCUGGCUGAUUUAUUCCUUGACAAAAAUAAAGAUUAUGUAGUGGCAGAACAUCAGGUUCUGUUGACAGCCUCAAAGUGCCCUUUUGCAGCAGGUCUAUUUCCUCCACUUCCAGAGGAGUCAUCUAAAUCAUCCAAAUUUUCUUCCAUUGGGUCACGCUUUAAGCUACAACUUCAAUCUUUGAUGGAAACCUUGAAUUCAACAGAACCUCACUAUAUCAGAUGUGUGAAGCCUAACAAUGUCCUCAAGCCUACAAUUUUUGAGAAUGCCAACAUAAUUCAGCAAUUACGAUGUGGAGGUGUCCUUGAGGCAAUUAGGAUCAGUUGUGCUGGUUAUCCUACAAGACGAACAUUUUAUGAGUUUCUACACCGUUUUGGUGUUCUUGCUCCAGAAGUUCUAGAAGGAAACUAUGAUGAGAAGGUCGCGUGCCAAAAGAUUCUGGACAAAAUGGGAUUGCAAGGUUAUCAGAUAGGCAAGGCAAAAGUGUUCCUAAGAGCUGGUCAGAUGGCGGAGCUGGAUGCAAGAAGAGCUGAGGUUUUGGGGAAUGCGGCUCGAACCAUCCAAAGGCAGAUUCGUACUUACAUUGCGAGGAAGGAGUUUAUUGAGAUUCGCAAAGCUGCUAUUGUGUUGCAAUCGCAUUGGCGGGGCAUAUUGGCUUGCCAACUGUAUGAGCAGUUGCGAAGGGAGGCUGCAGCCAUGAAGAUUCAGAAGAAUUUCCGCAAAUACACUGCCAGGAAAUCUUACUUAACAGUAAGGUUGUCUGCAAUCACAUUGCAGACAGGAUUAAGAGCAAUGGUUGCUCGCAAUGAAUUUAGAUUCAGAAAGCAAACAAAGGCUGCAAUUAUCAUCGAGGCUUAUCUGCGUCGCCACUUAGCAUAUUCUUAUUAUAAGAGUCUUAAGAAGGCUGCAUUGGUUUCCCAAUGUGGUUGGAGGCAAAGGGUUGCUCGUAGAGAGCUUAGAAAGCUCAAAAUGGCUGCAAGAGAAACAGGGGCCCUUAAAGAAGCAAAAGACAAACUAGAAAAGCGUGUGGAAGAACUUACAUGGCGAUUGCAGUUUGAGAAACAAUUGAGGACUAAUUUAGAAGAGGAAAAAGCCCAAGAAAUUGUUAAGUUACAGGAUGCUUUGCAUGCAAUGCAACUACAAGUAGAAGAAGCAAAUUCCAGGGUUCUGAAAGAACGAGAGGCUGCUCGAAAAGCUAUUGAAGAGGCACCUCCUGUUAUUAAGGAAACUCCUGUUAUGAUUCAAGACACAGAAAAGAUCGAGUCAUUAACGGCUGAGGUAGAGAGUUUGAAGGCUUUGCUUCUAUCAGAAAGACAGGCAGCUGAAGAGGCCAGGAAGGCUUCCGCUGAUGCUGAGGUCAGAAAUGGGGAACUGGUUAAAAAACUUGUAGAUGCAGAGCGAAAAGUGGAUCACCUUCAAGAAUCUGUCCAGAGGCACGAAGAGAAACUUUCCAAUUCAGAAUCUGAGAUUCAAGUGCUUCGUCAGCAGGCACUGACUAUGUCACCAACAGGAAAAUCUUUGUCUGCACGGUCCAAGACAAUGAUUAUUCAGAGGACUCCUGAGAAUGGAAAUGUUCAAAAUGGAGAAUUGAAAGUUGUGCCGGAGAUGACCGUUGCCUUGUCCCAUUCACGCGAGCCUGAAUCAGAGGAAAAGCCUCAAAAAUCUCUAAAUGAAAAGCAGCAGGAAAACCAGGACUUGCUGAUCAAGUGUGUGUCACAGAACCUGGGAUUCUCUGGGGGCAAACCAGUAGCUGCUUGUGUCAUAUACAAAUGUCUUCUUCACUGGAGGUCAUUUGAAGUUGAAAGGACUACCGUUUUUGACCGUAUCAUUCAAACUAUAGCUUCAGCCAUAGAGGUCCAGGAUAAUAAUGAUGUCUUAGCAUAUUGGCUGUCUAAUUCAUCAACGUUAUUGCUACUGCUCCAACACACUCUCAAAGCUACUGGUGCUGCUAGCUUGACUCCACAACGGCGAAGAACAACAUCAGCUUCUCUUUUUGGGAGAAUGUCUCAAGGGUUACGGGCAUCUCCUCAAAGUGCUGGACUCUCAUUUCUUAAUGGUCGAGGACUUAGUAGAUUGGAUGACUUACGACAGGUUGAGGCCAAGUAUCCUGCACUACUGUUUAAGCAGCAGCUCACUGCCUUCCUCGAAAAAAUAUAUGGAAUGAUGAGGGACAAUCUAAAGAAAGAGAUCUCCCCACUACUAGGGUUAUGUAUUCAGGCACCCAGGACUUCACGGGCAAGUUUAGUUAAAGGACGUUCACAAGCUAAUGCAGUUGCCCAGCAAGCUUUAAUUGCUCAUUGGCAAAGCAUAGUCAAAAGCUUGAAUAAUUAUUUGAAGAUUAUGAAAGCGAACUAUGUACCUCCUUUCUUAGUCCGUAAGGUGUUCACUCAAAUAUUCUCAUUCAUAAAUGUUCAGCUAUUCAACAGUCUUCUUCUGAGGCGUGAGUGUUGCUCAUUCAGUAAUGGGGAGUACGUAAAAGCAGGUUUGGCUGAAUUAGAACAGUGGUGUUAUGUGGCCACUGAAGAAUAUGCGGGUUCUGCGUGGGAUGAGUUGAAGCAUAUUAGGCAGGCUGUAGGGUUCCUAGUCAUACAUCAAAAGCCCAAAAAGACUCUGAAUGAAAUAACAAAAGAACUUUGCCCCGUUCUCAGCAUACAACAGUUGUACAGGAUCAGUACAAUGUACUGGGAUGACAAAUAUGGCACACACAGUGUGUCUUCAGAGGUUAUUUCAAGUAUGAGAGUCCUAAUGACCGAGGGACAGGCAGCUGAAGAGGCCAGGAAGGCUUCCGCUGAUGCUGAGGUCAGAAAUGUGGAACUGGUUAAGAAACUUGAAGAUGCAGAGCGAAAAGUGGAUCACCUUCAAGAAUCUGUCCAGAGGCACGAAGAGAAACUUUCCAAUUCAGAAUCUGAGAUUCAAGUACUUCGUCAGCAGGCACUGACUAUGUCACCAACAGGAAAAUCUUUGUCUGCACGGUCCAAGACAAUGAUUAUUCAGAGGACUCCUGAGAAUGGAAAUGUUCAAAAUGGAGAAUUGAAAGUUGUGCCGGAGAUGACUGUUGCCUUGUCCCAUUCACGCGAGCCUGAAUCAGAGGAAAAGCCUCAAAAAUCUCUAAAUGAAAAGCAGCAGGAAAACCAGGACUUGCUGAUCAAGUGUGUGUCACAGAACCUGGGAUUCUCUGGGGGCAAACCAGUAGCUGCUUGUGUCAUAUACAAAUGUCUUCUUCACUGGAGGUCAUUUGAAGUUGAAAGGACUACCGUUUUUGACCGUAUCAUUCAAACUAUAGCUUCAGCCAUAGAGGUCCAGGAUAAUAAUGAUGUCUUAGCAUAUUGGCUGUCUAAUUCAUCAACGUUAUUGCUACUGCUCCAACACACUCUCAAAGCUACUGGUGCUGCUAGCUUGACUCCACAACGGCGAAGAACAACAUCAGCUUCUCUUUUUGGGAGAAUGUCUCAAGGGUUACGGGCAUCUCCUCAAAGUGCUGGACUCUCAUUUCUUAAUGGUCGAGGACUUAGUAGAUUGGAUGACUUACGACAGGUUGAGGCCAAGUAUCCUGCACUACUGUUUAAGCAGCAGCUCACUGCCUUCCUUGAAAAAAUAUAUGGAAUGAUGAGGGACAAUCUAAAGAAAGAGAUCUCCCCACUACUAGGGUUAUGUAUUCAGGCACCCAGGACUUCACGGGCAAGUUUAGUUAAAGGACGUUCACAAGCUAAUGCAGUUGCCCAGCAAGCUUUAAUUGCUCAUUGGCAAAGCAUAGUCAAAAGCUUGAAUAAUUAUUUGAAGAUUAUGAAAGCGAACUAUGUACCUCCUUUCUUAGUCCGUAAGGUGUUCACUCAAAUAUUCUCAUUCAUAAAUGUUCAGCUAUUCAACAGUCUUCUUCUGAGGCGUGAGUGUUGCUCAUUCAGUAAUGGGGAGUACGUAAAAGCAGGUUUGGCUGAAUUAGAACAGUGGUGUUAUGUGGCCACUGAAGAAUAUGCGGGUUCUGCGUGGGAUGAGUUGAAGCAUAUUAGGCAGGCUGUAGGGUUCCUAGUCAUACAUCAAAAGCCCAAAAAGACUCUGAAUGAAAUAACAAAAGAACUUUGCCCCGUUCUCAGCAUACAACAGUUGUACAGGAUCAGUACAAUGUACUGGGAUGACAAAUAUGGCACACACAGUGUGUCUUCAGAGGUUAUUUCAAGUAUGAGAGUCCUAAUGACCGAGGACUCAAACAAUGCUGUAAGCAGUUCUUUCCUAUUAGAUGAUGACUCGAGCAUCCCCUUUACGGUUGAUGACAUUUCCAAGUCCUUGCAACAAGUGGACAUAGCUGAAGUUGAACCUCCAGCAUCAAUUCGUGAAAACUCAGGUUUUGGGUUCUUACUUCCACGGUCAGAGUGAAAUUUACUGGCAUGAACUAAAAUAUUUGAAUCUGUCUUUGUCUUUGUCUUUGUGGUGUCCCGGGCGCACUACACAUCUGUGCAUAAAACCUCAUUGUCUGUCACUGUUCAUGUGUAUAAUGUAUUCUCCAUGGAUUCAUACCUGUGUUGAAGCCUGGGCCAGUUCAUUCUUUCCCUCACGUUUCUUCAACAAGAGGGUUAUUUUUCUUUGAAGCCAUAUCACUCGGUGUGAUAAUGUGCAGUUAUAGAAACAGGCGUGGUGUCUGGCAAUUUCAGACACGCCUGGAACAGUUUUUUAUUUUUUUCUUAUAUUCUCUUCAUUUAUUCAUUCAUUUUGGCAGUCGAGCUAUUUUGUUGUUUGUGGGCUUUCUAACGGUCUAGAGUGGUUUUUUUUUUUUUGGGUGUAAGUGACAGUAGCUGUAUUUUAUAGGCUAUUGUUUGCUAUAUGAAGAAGUGAUUUGUUUUUGUAUGUUGUAGUUGUUUAUGUUCUUCUAAUAACGAAUUCAGGUUCGU